AUGGGACAUGGAGGUCCCGGGGACCUCCUGCCCUCAGGGCCAGAGGGGUGCUGGGCUACGGCCUCCUGUGACCAGCUGGUCCGGGAGCUGCUGCAGCGCAUGGAGGAGUCGAUCCAGCCACACGCACAGUCAAACCCCAGCAUCCUGCUGGCCAUGAACCUGCUUGGGGCAGACAUCGAGAGUCCCACCUACAAGUCACUACUCCAGAACAUCAAGGAGGAGGUGGUGAGGAAAGCCCAGAAAGCCAUGACCUCAGGACAGGUGGCUCAGCACAUCCUUGCCCUCCUCUCAUCCUGCCAGGACCCCUGGCAGGUCCCUGCCCCGGAAGAGCCCAUCGACCUGAUCCCCAUCCUGCAGCAGAAAAUGCAUGAGGAGAUAACCCACAACGUGAUCAGCUGGUACAACAGGAGCCUGGACAUCCUGACCCUGUGUGUGGUGAAGGAACAUGACCGAGGUGCAGCCGUGGCCCUGGCCAAGGAGUUGCUGAGCCCUGACAGCCACCUCGAUGUGGACACCUGUGCCAUGGCGGUGCUGGCCCUGGUGUGUGAGAACAACACAGCCCCAUACCAGGAGCACCUGAUUCAGUGGGCACUGGGCAAUGUGACCAACGGCCUCCUGGACGAGCAGGAGAAGGGGAAAGGCGUGAUCGGGAAUCUCUCCAGCAUGGGGCUGGCCAUACAGGCUCUGGAGUCCUCAAGGAAGUUUUAUGCCCCUCGGAGGUGGGACCAUGCCCAGGCCUUCAGUGUGGUCCAGACCUAUGAGCAGGAGUACACACAGCCCAUGGCCAUCGCUCGGGUCCUGCCUGGCCUCGUGGGCAAGUCCUACCUCAAUGCAGCUGCCCUUGUCCCCAGCGCUGGUGACACCUGGCAUUCCAACCCAGAGCCACCCAGACCCCACGGGGACCAUGCUCCUGCCCCUUUCUCCGUGGGAGCGUUCCAGUUGCCCACCCUGCCCCUCUCCUCCCCCACAGGCCCCCUCACGGUGCAGUAUUCCAUCACCAACACGCUGAAGAACUACUUCCACUACUCCACCUCGGUGUGUGUCCCACCUGGCUCCAGGUUGCUGCAGGUCCUGAAGGUAGCAAGGCAUGAAAAGCCCCACAUCUUUAGCUUCAAGACAAACCAGACACACUUGGGUCCCUUCGUGGUCUCCAUCCACGGGCUGGCUGGAAGUGACAAUGACAGGACCUACUGGCAGUUCUUCAGUUGCUGGAGUCCCCUCCAGCAAGGGGUUGGAACCUACAGGCCAAAAAACUGGGAGCACAUCCAGGCCGUGUUCAGCACCUACUGA